AUGGACCUGAAGACUUUCCAGCGCUGCAUGACUGAAGCUCCUUGCCUCCUGGAUCAGAUAGCACUGCUCCUCCAGGAAUGCCAGGAGAAGGAGGUCCUGCUCCCCAGAGGCAUCUGUAACCUGUGUGACUUGUCCUGGGAGGAGCUAUCUGACCUCCCCCAAGGUGCCAAGCCCCUCCAUCAGCCUAAGGUGUUCAGCAGACCACUACGAACCGGCCACUUGCCCCCAGACACCUGCUGCACAAUGUCCAUGGUGCCCAGUCAUGUGCUGCUGCCCAAUGAAUCCAGCAUGUCUGUUCGUCAGGCUACUACCCGCUGCAGUACUUUCAAGUUCAAGAAGAGGUUCCACACAGAACGAGAAAACAAUGGAGGGACCUGCGUCCCUGUGACCUCCACUCUGCGUCUCUACCUGGAAGAACAUCUGUCCCACCUCUCCUUCUCCCUCACCUACAGAGCCACCACUCCCUGCUUUAGCAGCCAGACUCUGGAGGUGUGUCACUGGGCUGUCGACAAGCUGCAACCCAUCCUAGACCAGAUAAAAGAGGAAAAGGACAGGCUGGUGGUAACAGGGAACACAUUCCUGCUGUCAACCAAGCACUACCCGGAAGACAAAUUCAACCAGCCCAUGCCCCCGUUUCAACGAUUUGCAGGGGAUGGUCUCUUCCCCAUCAUCCCUAACACCAAGUACAUGGGUUCCGCUACAUCCCUCAAGCUACACUACAGCCUGCCUGAUGGCACCUCCUAUGUCUACUACCCUUCUGGAUCCGUGGCAGUGUGCCAGAUCCCAAGUACUAAGACCAGAGGGGGCAUCUACACCAACAUUUUUGGGGACAGCCCCAAUGACAAUCUACUGGCCUCCUUCAUGCCCAGUGGGCAGGGCUAUGUGUACCAUACAGGUAAACCCACAACCAGCUGGUUUGCCUUUCUGGUGGGAACCUCUGGAUGCCAGCAAUACACACGAGAAGGCAGCCUUGCCAAGGAAUGGCAUUUCAACCCACAGGCUCAGCUUGAGGACACAUACACAUAUAAGGUAAAUGAUGUCAUUUCCCUGACCUUCAGUAAACACUUCUCCAUGAAUGUGACCUUCACAGCUCUGGGUGAGAGUGUCACCCUGAAAAUAAAAGAGAAACCCUUGGCCUCCAGUAGCAGAGUUCAGGACCCUGGUGCCGAGGAGGAGAAGCUGGCUGUUUCCAGGGCAGAGAUGCAGGUGAUCAGAAAGAGAGUCAGACACACGGCUUUGCACUGGCUCAACUUCUACAUGGUGGCCGCAGGUCUUAUCAAAGAGCCCCUACUCCAAGACCCUAAACCCAGAUCAUUGAAACAUAAGGAGCCUUGGACUUCACCUCCCAGAGUGCACCUCGGUAAUGAGGAGAGCCCACCUGCUUUUGUACGGCCAGCACCUCUUAGAAGAAAGUUACCUCGACCGGCCACCUGUAGCCUGCCCAUGUCCAGAACAUCUCCCCUGUUCAGACGAGCCUCACACAGGGCCAAGUCAGCAGGGUCAUUGUGCAUGUCCUCUCAGUCAGCCCUCCCUCGCAGUGAGACCCCAGCCCCUCCCUGCCUCGUGGUUCUGCGGCACCUCCUCCUCAACACCUACAAGGGGCAGGGCUGCCACUGCUCCACUCGCUUGCCUGCCCUUUCGGACCUGGAGUUGGAGCUGUUCCUGGGAGGGCCCUGGGCCCGCCCGGGCCAGGUGAUCGUGGUCUACGUCACCUCCUCCGUCUGCCCCCCACCUUGGGGUCAAAGUGUGGAGCAGGUCCUGCAGACGAUCCACCAUAAACAGGUGUCCACCUCUGCCAUGCCCUGUGCUAAGAGUUCUCGCAACCCCUUCAGACUGGUUAAGUACGAUCUGGACACAGCAACCCAUCUGACCCAGACUGCCGUCCCAGUCCUGGUCCAGAGGCAUCACGUGGGACCUGGAAUACUACUGAUGUACGUUGGAGGCAAACUGAUAUUCGGAGGCACUGCUCUCAAUGGCUAUGACUUCAGCAAAACCAACCUCCUAAAGCAGAUCACCAAAACACAGAAUGACUAUGCCAAGGGAAACUUUCUGCCCCAAGACUACAAACUGGGGAAGUUUCAAUUCAGGAUUCCCCCUCGAACUGAGGCAGCCGGACACAGCAGGGGAGAUGGGCGUGUCCAGGUCAGACCCCCCAGAUCCAAGUCUUCCUGCUCCCAUCACAAAGAGGACCGCUUCCCUGACCAGCCUCCACACAGAGUUGUACUGCAAGUGAAGAUAGAUGUUUGGCUAUAAACUUCAACACCACUAGAAGCCAAGACCACUGCUGAUAUGACACAGAUGAAAGGACAAAGGAAAGAUUCAGCAUCUCCC